AUGGACCGACAGCAGUCCACAUCAGGGCGCCCACUUCCACGACGACAGCAAAGGCGGUCAACGUUGCUUCUUUUCAUUGCUGUGGCCACAGCAGUAACACUUUUCACAGCCCACUCUGACCAAGGAACUUUCUUCGUCCAUGCUCAACGACAACAACAACAGCACCAGUUCACGGUUCAGGACUCUUCCUCUUCUCGUGUACCCUCCUACGACAGCAACAGCGACAGCAGCGCGUCACUGCAAGACCGCCGACGCCUUGAACUCGAAUGCCACCAAAUCCUGGCCAUUCCUCCCUUAUCCUCAUCCACACCCGCACCACCAGAACCCUUCCUCGAACCAACUUUCUCAACACUAGCAGGCCCACCAGAGAACUCGACAUGGCGACUCUGGUACCGGAAAUGGACCGACCUGUCUGCCAAGGAAACGAGCACGGAAAUUGAGAAUGCUGGGUUUCUGUUGGGGAAUGGGCAGAGUCAGGUUUUGGUGGGUGGCGGGAUCCAUGUUGAGAGGAUUCGGGUUAGUGAGGAGAGUUCUUGGGCUGGUGGACCGGGUGUUGAUCGCGUUGCGAAGGCUCCUCUCGAUGAUGGUGCCAGCACGAGCGGCGACGAGGUGGAGGAGGAACAGUAUAGGGGUGGGAAUGUGCCAGUAGAGGAAGCGCCGCGGAGACAGGAAGCACUCGAAAAAAUGCGGCUGUUGGUGAAAGAGAAGGGACAGGUGAGACCCAGGGAGAAGAUUGUGGGGUCGCUGAAGGGGGAUGAGCGCGGGUUUGGAAGCCAGCUUGGGUUUGGGGAGUUGCUAGUUGAGGAAGUGAAGAAGUUUGAGACUGUGCGGGAGUACCGACGGGAGUUGGAUCUUGAGACGGGUGUUGCGACGGUGACCUUUUCUGUGGGAGAUUUACAGUACAAACGGGAGCAUUUUUGCAGUUUCCCGGAUGGGGUCUGUGUGAUGCGACUGCAGGCCUCAGAACCCAAGAGCAUCAACGUCAGGGUCUCGCUCUCCUCUGCCCACGAAAACACAGGAACUGCAGAAUACACAAACGUCCACAACCGACUUGGUAUGCGUGCCCGUCUCGCAUCCAACAACAUGACCACCGAGGCCAUGGUCGCCGUCACCACCGAAGGAGCCACUGGAGUGUCGUUGGCCAACAACCGUCAAGUGGUUGCUUUGGGGUUCGAUGCCGUCACGCUUUACUAUACUAUGGGCACUGGAUGGACACUGCAAGGAUCGUACCCGAAUUUCGAGGACAAGGACCCGCAUGAUCGGUUGACGAGUGUGAUGGAUAAGGCGGUAGGUGGGCUCUAUGGAGACCAGUACCUGAAGCAUGUCCAGGACCACCAGACGCUGUUCCAGGGUUUCCGGUUGGAUCUGGGACAGAUCGAAAACAAGCUGCCGACGGAUGAGUUACUCAAGGCGAGUAAGGGGGGUAAUGCAGGAGAGGAAGAGACGUAUUUGGAUGCAUUGAUGGUUCAGUAUGCGCGGUACCUUCUUAUUGCGUCUUCCAGACCUGGUUCUUUGCCUUUGAGUGGGCGUAGCAUGUGGUCCCAGGAUCAAAACACCGGCCUCGAUGACCCCAGUAUUGGAUACAAGAUGGAUAUUGACCUUCAGAUGAAUUACUGGCUGGCAGAGAGUACAGGGUUGGGCGAGACAGUAACGCCAUUGAUCGACUACAUGGAGAACCUGCUGGUCCCACGCGGUCAAGACACCGCCAGCUUGUACUAUGGAGCUCGUGGAUGGCUGACUCACCCAUACUCCAACAUCUGGGCACAUACUGGACCGACAGCCCAGGACCAGACAUUUUACCUCCCAACAGCAGCGGCAUGGCUAUGCCAGCAUGCAUGGGACCGGUACCUGUACAGCCAAGAUUAUUACUUUUUGAGAGACCAUGCUUACAAGCUUAUGAAGGGCGCUGCUCAGUUCUGGGUGGAUACACUUGUGAGGCUUCGGGAUGAGGAGGGAGGGCCGCUGGUGGUGUCACCGUCGUUUGCGCCGGGCCAUGGAGGUGUGACGGAGGGGACGGCGAUGGAUCAGCAGUUGGUAUGGCAGUUGUUGAAUAAUACGCUGGAGGCGAUUGCGGUCGUUGGGGAGAGGGAUCGGGUGUUUGCUCAGAAUCUGACGACUGCCUUGGAGGUGGUUGCGCCUGGGUUGAGGGUUGGCAGUUGGGGUCAGCUGCAGGAGUGGAGUUUGGAUAUGGAUGAUCCGAAUGAGAGGCAUCCGCAUUUGGGGUACUUGUGGGCGGUUUAUCCUGGUAACCAGGUCUUUUUCAGAAACUCUUCGUCGUCGUCCUCGGAUGUGGAUGAAGGAGAGGAUGAAGGUGAGAAGGAGCCGACGAGGGAGGAGUUGUUGGAGGCUGCAAGAGAGUCGCUCAUCCAUCGUGGGAUGGGUGAUCGACCUGGUGGAAACUUUGGAUGGGCAAAAUCCUGGAGGGCAGCUGUGUGGGCCCGUCUUGAGGAUGGUAAGUUGGCGUACAGGGCUGUGGAGACGUUCAAGCGUGACCAUAUCUUUGAGCACCCGAAUCUGCUGGAUUUUAAGGAUGGACUCUCUGGCCUCUUGGGAGUAAGUGCGGCAAUGGUGGAGAUGGUGAUCCAGAGUCGCGCUCCUGGGUUUGUCGAUAUCCUGACGGUUGCCGAUUUACCAGAUCAGUGGCUCCGAAGAGGGGGAUCAGUAGAAGGGUUCCGGACGCGGGACGGACAUGUGGUGUCGAGUAGAUGGGAGGUUGGAGGGACUGUGAGACAGGUGGAGGUGUAUGCGAGUCUGAAGGCGGGGUCACUGAGGGUCAAGAUUGGAAGUCUGGGUGGAGAGGAUCGGACGCCGUCAGCGAAGGUUAGGGUGUCGCAGAAGGGGUCUGCGAAAGUUGUUGCUUAUUCGCGGGAAGGAGAUGUUGUUGUGCUUGCGGCGGUUGUUAAAGGGGAGACGUAUGUUAUCGAUAUUGAUGACUGA